AUGUGCGACCCGCCGCCCGCGAAGAAGCCGAAGCGGCGCUUCUUGCCGCGGGUUCCGCCACGCCAGCAGGCGGCGGCGACGCCCAACAACGUGCCCUCGGCCGGCGGCGGCAAGGGCUUCGCCAAGGGCUUCGCCAAGGGCUUCGCCAAGGGCGGCACGAGCGUCGCCAAGAGCCGAGGCGGCGGCCACGGCGGCCGCGGCGGCGGCGGGCAACGCGGCGGCCGGGCCGGCGGCCGCGGCCUCGGCGCGUCGAUGCGGAACAAGACCGGCGGCCGCGGCGGCGGCGCGCCGAAGCCGCGCGUCGACGGGUCGCGCGACGACGACGAGCCCGCGAAGCAGGCCAAGCAGAUCUCCCUCGCCGAGGCGCUGCGGCACAUCACCCAGCCCGGCGGCUUCCCGCGGGCCCUCGCCGCCCUGCGGGUCGAGGCCGCGGCCCCCCGCGCGCCGCGCGUCCUCGCCGCGGCGCCCGCGGGCACGCUCGCGCAGCUCCUCGUCCACGCGCUCAAGAACGAGGCGCUCGACGACUCCCACGUCGUCGGCCUCCUCGCCGUCGACAUGACGGCGCGGAUCGACGAGUUCAACACGCAGCAGCUCUCCCAGAUCGCGUUCAACGCCACGCGGUCGGGCCGCGGCGACCUCGCGCGGCUCCUCGCCGCGGCGUUCCGCCGCGCCGCGGCCCCGGCGAUCUGGCGCGACGUGUCCGUGGUCGCGACGGUCGAGGCGGCCACCGGCCUCACGUGGGCCGCCGUCGACUACGGCAUCGUCGCGGCGGAGGCCGCGAAGGCCGCGGCGGGCCUCCUGCCGACGCUCGAGGCCGCGCUCAAGGGCACGAUCCCCCGCAUCUUCGGCGACAAGGUGACCAAGGUCGGCGAGACCCUCGCCAAGCUCGCGGCGGCGCGCGCGGCCGUCGAGCCCGCGCGCGCGCGCGACGACGUCGAGCCCUCGGCGCCCGAGGCCGAGGAGCCCGACCGCGCGGACGACGUCGACGAGUCCACGCCGCCGGACCGCGGCGGCGGCGGCGGCGACGACGAAUCGGGCCUCGGCAACAACGCGACGUCGGAGGAGCGCAAGUCCGACGGUGACGUGCCGCCGCCGCAGCCGGCCGCGGAGGCGCCGCCGCCCGACGACGAAUUCGACGAUGGCGUGCCGCUACCGCGGCUGCCCGCGGAGGAGCCGACGACGCCCUUCCAUCCGGCGCUCGCCCAGGCGCUGCGCGACACGGAGGCGCUCUUCGACGAGGGCCUCCUCACCACGGACGAGUACCAGACGAAGAAGAAGGAGAUCCUCGAGCGCGGCGUCUGGUACGCGGAGUCGCCGCCGGAGCCGCCGGACCGCGGCGGCGGCGACGACGAGGGCGACGACGACCUGGCCGGCGCGCCCAAGCGCCCCGGCGGCGCCGGCGAGGACGACCGCGCGCCGCGCGACGAGUUCACGCCGGGCGACGACGACCGCGCGGGCGGCGGCCGCGGCCACGCGCCGCCGGACGGCGACGGCUCCGCGCCGCCGGCCGGCGACGACGACCUCGGCCUCGCCCUGGUCUGCACGCCCAAGCACCGCGGCGGCUCGGGCGCGGACAACCGCGCGGACGACCGCGCGGACGACGACGGCGACGCGGGCAACGGCGACGCGGGCGGCCUCUCCGGCACGGGCGGCGGCAGCAAGAAGCGGAAGCGCCCGAAGCAGCGCCCGGAGCGCCCGGGCCACCUGCCGCCGCCCAAGAAGCGCAAGCGGUCCAAGGUCAAGGUCAAGGAGCCCACCGCGCGCGACCUCGACGACGUCAACGCGACGGGCCGCGGGAGUCGUCGUCCUCGUCUCGGGCCCAAGGCCCGACUGGACAUCGAGGCCCUCCUCAUCUACAAGGAGGGGCGGCACGUCGGCGACGACGACUCGGACGACUCGGACGAGGACGGCGACGACGACUACGACCCCGACGAGGACAACAUCGACUGGAACGGCAAGUGGUUCGACGGCGAGUCCGACUCCGAGUCCGACGGCGGCCCUCAGGGCAACCGCCGGAACGCGACGGGCAAGACAUUCGUGUCGAUCAACUCCCUGGGCAUCGUCGAGACCGGGCCCGGCACGGUCGACGCGCAGCUCACGCGCGUCGCGCUCCUCGCGGCGUCGUUCGCGCUCGAGGCCGACAGCGCGCACCGCGGUGCCACCCGCGGGUGCGGGGCUCCGUCGGCCAAGAACCCUGACCCGCACCCGUCGGCCCCUUGUGUGGCCCUGCGCGGCACGUCGCUGCACCUCACGCGCGAGGACGCGGUGACGUGGCUCCGCCGCGCCCGCCGCGUCGUCAUCGACAAGGACCCGGCCUUCCAGAGCGCGUUCGUCAAGGACGCGUCCGCGCUGCAGCUCGUCGUGACGACGAUCGUCGCGGGCGAGUCCUCGAGCGCGAGCGCCGUCAACAAGCAGCAGGCGCUGCCGUGGAUGCUCAUGAGCAGCAGGAACGAGUACAUCAUGAUCGUCUGCGUCCGCGAGCUCACGUUGAGGUGCUUCGAGAGCCGGCUCACGAUGCGCGGGCUCUGGAAGACGCGGAGCAGCUUGAAGAGCCGCGCGAGCCGCACGAGCCGGAGGAGCCCCGCGUCCUUGUUGAUGGGCAUGGCCCACCAGGGCGUGAUGGACACGGCGUCGAGCACGGCCCACGUCCGCAGGUAG